UGGUCCCCGUCUCGACACUUCGAUGAAGGCAGACGCCACCCUGUCCCCCCAGCUAGGAACAUGAAGGGCUUAUCGGGCGGUCGCUCCCAGCACCAGAUCCUCUCGCCCCACGGGCUGGACCAGUUCGACUACCCCCAAGACAUCCAUGGCAUGGGCCACCAUGGUGGCGCCUCCGACUCACGCCACACCUCCUACCUGCUCAGCCCCACUGAGAUCUGCCCCAUGGACUACCAUCACCGCUACUCACCGCGCAGCUCCAUUCACUCAGACUGCAUGAUGAUGUCCCCCGUCAUGAUGGCGCCCUCGUCAGUCGGCGUUGGCCCCAUCGACCACGUUUCUAGCAGCACCUUCCCCAGAAUGCACUACAGCACCCAGUACUAUGACUCAGCCACGCGGGACGACUGCGCCGCCAUCACUGCCUCCGCCACCUCCCAUGCUGCUGCUGCUGCCACUGCCGCUUCCGUCUUGCAGUACCAGGGCAGCGGCAAGAGCAACCGCAUCCCGGCCAACCUGCUGGACCAGUUUGAGAAGCAGCUGCCGCUGCAUCACGACGGCUUCCACACGCUGCAGUACCAGAGAGCGUCCACCACCACCACCACGGAGCAGCGCAGCGAGAGCCCCGGACGCAUCCGCCACCUGGUCCACUCUGUCCAGAAGCUUUUCACCAAGUCCCAUUCCCUGGAGGGAUCGUCCAAGAUGAACGGCACCAAGGGUGAAGGAGGAGGAGGGGGACACCACGGAGGCUCCCAACACGGCCACCACGGAGGCUCCAAGCACGGCAGCAAGCGGAGCAAGAGCAAAGAGCGCAAGGCGCACCGCUCGGGGGGCGCGGGCGGCUUCUGGAGCUCUGACGACAACCUGGACAGCGACAGCACCUACCGCACGCCCAGCGUCAUGAGCCGUCACCACGGUGACUACGCCCAUGCCGCCCACUGCUACCCGGAYUCCAUGCAUCACAGUCACUUUGGGGACAUGUCCCUCAAGACCUCGAAGAGCAACAACGACGUCAAGUGCUCGGCGUGCGAGAGCAUGGCCACGGCUCCGGAGGGGAAGUUUAUGAAGAGAAGUUCCUGGUCUACGCUGACUGUCAGCCAGGCCAAGGAAGCUUACAGGAAGUCCUCCCUUAACCUGGAGAAACCCAUGAUGCACACAGACCUCAAGCCCUCACUACGGGCCUGUCACUAUCUGCAGGUGCCUCAGGAUGAGUGGAGUGGAUACCCGGAGGACGGAGACAAGGACGAGGAGAUCCCAUGUCGGCGGAUGCGCAGCAGCAGCUACGUCAAAGCCAUGGGAGAGGUAGACAAUGACUCUGGUGGCGAAUCUGAUGGCAGCCCCAAGUCCUCACCCCAGAAGGCCAUCCGACCCGAUGCCCUCGUCCUCAAAUCAGUUAUGCAGAGGCCCCACAUAGACCCCCAAAGCCAGAGCUACCACUUGCAAACSACCCGAGACAUGAUGCGGCCCCAUCCCAGUGUCACCCUGGACCCAGCCUUCAAUUACCCCCAACACCAUGUACCCCUGGGGCCUCAGUUCCGCUCCCGGAACCAGAGCUACAUGCGGGCGGUCAGCACCCUCAGUCAGUUUGAGUCAGUUUGCGAGUCCGUUUUUAGCGAAGUAGAAUCCCAGGCCAUGGAGGCUUUGGAYCUGCCUGGCUCGUUCCGCACUCGAAGCCACAGUUACCUGCGUGCAAUUCAGGCUGGGUAUUCCCAAGACGACGACUGCUUGCCUUCAAUGACAUCCUCCACUGUCACUUCAACUCUCAGAUCCACAACAGUGGURACGCACAUGCCUAGCUAUAUGUCGAAGACGCCCCCGCCGGCACCUCCUCGCGCCACCUCCAAGCCCCUCAUCUCGGUGACGGCCCAGAGCAGCACAGACUCCACUCAGGACGCCUACCACGAGGGGAGGGACCCGCGGGGGAGUGUACUGUGGGCGCYGGACGGUCUGGGCGGCUCGGGUCGAACCCUCUACAACUCCACCGACAGCCUGGACAGCGCCAACAUGGUGACGCUGGCCAUGGAGACGGCAGGGAGCAAGCGGCACGCCUCCUCGGGCAGCCACAGCUCGGUGCAGACGUGUGACAAGGCGGUGUUGGUGUCCAAGGCUGAGGAAUACCUCAAAACGCCACGUUCCUCCAUAGGGAUACAGGUGGAGACGGCGACUGACUCGGAGUCGGAGGGUAAAGGUCUUCCUCARUACCAUUCUGUUGGCACCCAGGUGGAGGAUAACAAACGGCAUGGCAGGUUCAAGCGCUCCAACAGCGUGACGACAGCCGUACAAGCUGACAUGGAACUAGAGGGCUUCCCCACCAUGGAGGACAAGGGACUGCAGUUCGGAGGGGGCUUGGGUUUCCGAGGGGGCCACUCRGAGCCCAGUACACCCACCCAGUACGGGGCCGUCCGCACUGUCCGCACCCAGGGCCUCUUCAGCUACCGGGAGGACUACCAGCGUUCCUCCAGCGGUCCUCCCAGUCCGCAGCCCGAGUCGUGGCUGACAGAGCCCUCUCUGGAGGGACCUGAGACGGGCCGGGUGUCCCCCCUCCGCAGGGAUGGCAGCUGGUUCAUGCAGCUCCUCCAUAAUGAAACUAAGAGGAUGGAGGGAUGGUGUAAAGACAUGGAGAGAGAGGCGGAGGAGCAUGACCUUCCGGAGGGAAAAUCCGUGAGUGCAGUGGGCAGUGCACAACUCCUUAUGUCUCAAAAUUCCAGCCAGUUCUACUGGCUGUGUCAACAGAACCUGGACCCCAGCGCCAUGCCCCGCCCCACCUCUCAGGACCUGGCCGGAUUCUGGGACUUGCUGCAGCUCUCAAUCGAUGACGUCACUGCCAAAUUUAAUGAACUGCAGCAGAUCAAGAGCAAUGAGUGGAGGCCUCUCUCUCUCUCUCAUGUGAAGGAGAGGAAGUGGCCUCCCCCGCUGCCAAAGAGACCUCCGAAGGGGCGUGGCGGCGUGGUGCGGGAGCGCUCUCUGGAUCUGCAGGACCGCCAGCGUCAGGAGGCCCGGCGUCGUCUUCUGGCUGCCAAGCGGGCGGCUUCCUUCAGACAGAACUCAGCCACGGAGCGGGCGGACAGCAUCGAGAUCUACAUCCCCGAGGCCCAGACCCGUCUUUGA